AUGCUCAGGGUUCGGCUCUUCACUUUCAUGCGCAGGCAACUCCUCUUCAUCGGCUUCGGGCUCCGCGCAAAGGUGAUGCAAAAUCACGGACCUAGUCUCGGACUUCUUCCAGCUCAGCGAGUUCAAGCACUUCUAGUUGUCUUGUCAAACGUCUCACACUUGCUUCAAAACUGCCGCCUUCUCGUCGAACUAUCCUACUCUAUCGGUGCUGGGGUCCAGGGUGCCGCCCGAGGGAAGCACUCCAGGGCUGCCAGCCGGAGUGUUGCUACCUUUUGUUCAACAGUCCAGCUGUCCCACACCAACAGCAUGCCUGUAGGAGCAAGCAGCUGA